CCAGAGUCAUAACCAGUUUUUGUACUUCUCAUUUCACCUGGCAUCACACUAGGACUCUGUCAGUGAACACACAGUCAAUGUGCUAUUUAUGUGUAUUCAUUUUUUAUUUCAGGACUUGUUAACAUUCAGCGAUGUGGCUGUUGAUUUCUCCCCAGAUGAGUGGGAACACCUGGAACCUGCUCAGCAGUCUCUGUACAGGGAUGUGAUGUUAGAGAACUACAGAAACCUAGUCUCUGUGGGUCUUGCUGUCUGUAAGCCACAUCUGAUUACCUUUUUGGAGAAAUGUAAAGAGCCCUGGGAUGUGAAGAGACCAAACACAAUGAACAGAUUCCCAGUUCUAUCUCCUCAUUGCACGCAGGGAUUUUUUCCAGAACAAUUCAUAAAGUAUUCAUUCCAAAAAAUGUCUAAUGGAAGACAUGGAACUUGUGACCUGGGGAGUUUAUAUUUAAAGGACGAAUGGGAAAGUAUGGAUGAAACUGAAGGUCAAGCAGCCUGCCAUGAUGGAUAUAACCAAUGUGUGAUCACUAAGAACAGGAAAUAUGUCACUAUCAAGAGAGAUCAAGAGCAGAAAACACCUCAAGCUAGGACAGUUACUUUUGGCAAGCCACGUGUUUGUAGAAGUAAAUAUCCACAGGAAAUUUUGAGGCAUAACUUAACUUUGAUAGAAAGAUUGGAAAACUUGAAGAGGGGCUUAGUUCAUUCUUCAGUUGGUAAGUUGAACAAUUUGAGUAGAUUAAUCUUUCACUCAAACAUUUCAAUAGACAAGGGAUUGAAAAACAAAAAAUUCACUAAAUGUGAUCCAUUAGAAAAUUCCUAUAAUGAAAAUUCCUUAUUCUGCAAUCAGCAAUUAGAUUGUUCCUAUGGCCAAAUGUACAGCUCCAAAAAAUAUGGAACAUUUGCUACUGAUCCACUAUUUCUUAGUCAAAAUCCAGAUAUAGAUAUUUGGAAUAUCCCAUAUGUAUGUAAAGAAAAUAGCAAAGCUCUUAGUAAGGGAUCUACGUUAAAUAAUUGCAAGGAUAUGUUCAUUGUAGAGAAACCUGACCAAUGCAACAAAACACAGAACAACUUUGCCCAUGUCUCAAGUCCCAGUGAACAUCAGUGUACUCAGUUUCCAAAGAAGCUUUAUGAAAGUGAGAGCAUCUUUCCUCAGAGAUCCAAACUCUCUAUCCAUCACCAUAACCGUAUUCAAGAUAAUCACUUCCAGAGUAUAGAUUGUGGUACAACCUUUACUAAAAUCUCAAACCUUACUGUGCAUAAAGUUGGUUAUGCACAGAAGCCGUAUAAAUGUAAGGAAUGCGGCAAAGCAUUUAAGUAUUGUUCAAGUUAUAAUAAACACCACAGAGUUCACACAGGAGAGAAACCCUGCAAAUGUAAAGUAUGUGCAAAAUCCUUUAGCCAAUGUGCAAGUCUUAAAAAGCACCAGAGAAUACACACUGGAGAGAAACCGUACAAGUGUGAAGAAUGUGGCAGAGCCUUUAACCACUGCUCUAUCCUUAGUCAACACCAGAGAAUACAUACUGGAGAGAGAUCUUAUAAAUGUGAACAGUGUGGAAAAUCCUUUACCCAGUGUGCAAUCCUUAGAAAACACCAGAUAAUACACACUGGAGAGAAGCCAUACAAAUGUGCAGAAUGUGGCAAAGCCUUUACACAAAGCUCAACCCUUAUUGAGCACCAGAGAGUCCAUACUGGAGAGAAACCUUACAAAUGUGAAGAAUGUGGAAAGUCCUUUACCCAGUGUUCAAGCCUUCGGAAACACAAGAGAAUUCACACUGGAGAGAAACCCUACAAAUGUGAAGAAUGUGGCAAAGCAUUUAACUGUUGUUCAUCCUUUACUAAACACCGGAGAAUCCAUACUGGAGAGAAACCUUAUAAAUGUGAAAAGUGUGGCAAAGCUUUUAUCCAUUGCACAAAUCUUACUCAACACCAGAGAAUUCACACAGGAGAGAAACCAUAUAAAUGUAAUGAAUGUGGAAAAUCCUUUAGCCAGGGUUCAAAUCUUAGAAAACACCAGAGAAUUCAAGAGAAAACCUACAAAUAUAAAGAAUAUGGUGAAUCCUUUAUCUGUAUUUGAAUACUUGUUUAAUACCAUAUAAUUCAAAUUUGGGAUAAAUCAAAAAAAAAAACAAACAAGCAAAAAAAAACA